AUGUCGGACGACGACGAUUUCAUGCAAGAAUCUGAUCCAGAGCAAUAUGACUUUGAAUACGAGGACGACGACGACCUGGGCGGUAACGACGCUUCAGUGGAUAUCGAAAACAAAUAUUACAAUGCCAAACAACUAAAAGCCGACAACCCGGCCGAAGCAAUCGAAGAGUUCCUCGGGGUCCCCGCCCUGGAAGAGGACAAGGGAGAAUGGGGGUUCAAGGGACUGAAGCAGGCGAUCAAGUUGGAAUUCGCCCUGGGCAGAUACGACGACGCGGUCAGACAUUACAAAGAGUUGUUGACAUAUGUGAGGUCCGCGGUGACGAGGAACUACUCGGAAAAGUCCAUCAACAAUAUGCUCGAUUAUAUUGAGAAAGUGGCCGGUCAGCCUGGCGCUGGCGCAGGCGCAGGCGCUCGCACGAGUCAUGGCGACACCGAGACAACAGCGUACAAGUCCAUGGAAGAGUUCUACCGCCUGACGCUUGACACCUUUCAGAGCACAAACAAUGAGAGACUGGCUCUCAAAACGAAUCUGAAAUUGGCCAAGUUGUAUCUCGACAAGAAGGACUACAGUCAACUUAGCAACAAGGUGAGGGAGAUCCACCAGGCGUGCCAGAAGGAAGACGGAACAGAUGACCCCGGCAAGGGGACGUAUUCCCUCGAGGCGUACGCACUCGAGAUACAGAUGUAUGCUGAGAUGAAGAACAAUAAGCGUCUCAAAUCGCUGUAUCAAAAGGCUCUCACCGUUCGGUCUGCGGUACCGCACCCCAAGGUCCAAGGCAUCAUCCGAGAAUGUGGUGGGAAAAUGCACAUGAGCGAGGAAAACUGGAAAGAGGCGCAAAGCGACUUUUUUGAGUCGUUCAAGAACUAUGAUGAAGCAGGGUCCAUGCAGAGAAUCCAGGUCUUGAAAUACCUUGUUCUUACAACAAUGUUGAUGAAAUCGACCAUCAACCCAUUCGACUCUCAGGAGACAAAACCAUACAAGAACGACCCGCGCAUUUCGGCAAUGACAGACCUGGUGGACGCCUAUCAGCGCGACGACAUUCACCGCUACGAAUCCAUUCUCAAGGAGAACCAGGAUCUGCUCGCCGAUCCAUUCAUUGCCGAAAACAUCGACGAAGUCAGCCGGAACAUGCGUACAAAGGCCGUACUCAAGCUGAUUGCCCCGUACAGCCGCUUCACCCUCAAAUUUAUCUCGAAGCAUAUCAAGAUCCCCGUCAGCGAGGUCCAGGACAUUCUAGCCGUCUUGAUUGUAGACAAGAAGCUGCAAGCGAGAAUCAAUCAGGAAAACGGAACCGUAAUAGUGGAAGACAGCCAUGCAGGUGACACGCAGCACUUGACCCAACUUCGCGAUUGGACCUCGGCGGUUGAAAACUUGUGGUCUGCAUUGUUGAACGAGGGAGAGGGGUUCAAGCUUGAAGACGGCCAAGGCGGUGCCUCAUUCUCAGGCAUGAGUUUCCCAUUGGGCUUCGAGGCGGGUGGACCUAUCCCAAGCAGAGGACCUGGACGUCGGGUCGGUGGUCGCGGUCGGGGAGGCGGGAAGCUGGCUGCUCCAAUAUGA